GGUUAUAAAAAUGUGUGAAAAAUAAUCUCUGCUCCCAUAUCAAUAAUUGCCUAUCACAGAGUGCGGGGAGGAACUGUGAUUCCACCAAACAUGACAAUGGAACGAAAUAGUAAUCAAAACUGCUAUCUGAACGUUCGAACCGACUCGGAGAAUGAUCUUGAAGCGUUAUUCAACGUAGUUCAGUCAGCGAGUACUACGAUCGCAAACGAGCCUUCUUCGAAUUCGCUGCCGAUGAAGCUGCGUAAAUUGCCUCCUUCGUUCUUCAAACAACCUAAAGGACUUGACUCAAAUAAACUAAGCCCAGAGGACAAUACUGGCUUGAAAAUCUCACAUUCCCGAGCACACAGUUCGCCGGCUUCGUUGCCAAUUCCUACGAGUUCAGCCGGGAUGUAUUCGAUACAACCACCAUCACACACCAGAACUCAGUCAUACGACGGAACUGCUUUUGAAGAAUCACAGCUCCCUCCAGGCUGGGAGAUGCGAACUUCACCAUCAGGACAGCCUUAUUUCAUGGAUCACAUUCAGCAAAUUACAACCUGGGUUGAUCCACGUAAGACCCAAUCGACUAAUAAUUUGACUAGCUCGAAUCCUUUGCCUGAUGGAUGGGAGCAAGCGAUUACACCAGAAGGAGAAAUAUACUACAUAAACCACCUCACACGUACGACUAGUUGGGUCGAUCCCAGAAUAGCAAUGGCACCUUGUAGGACAAAUCCACAACAACACCCACCUCAACAAGGACGCCGACCACCACAACAGCACAAAGCAAUGCUGGAGCGGGUUCAAUUGGAGCAGGAACAACUCAAGAAGCGUCAACAAGAGUUGCAGAAGCAAGAGAUUUUGCUCAAACAUGGGUUACUGGAGAACGGCGGUAGUAAAUCAAUGUUGGGUAAUCUCGUUCGCGAAGCAGGGCUCGCACAGCUCGCUCCUCAGCCCGAUACAACAACACCCAAUGGACACAUUCGCGAUGAAUCGUUUGAUUCUGGCCUUGGAAUGAACACAGGGUAUAGCAAUACUUAUAACAGUGACAUCGACCUAAACACAGGCAGCGAUUCGCAAAUGUUCGAUGCAAAUUACAACUCCAAGGACACUUCUUCUCGCAACUCGAGUCGUCUCCCGGAUUUCUUCGACAAUUUGCCUGGUACGAAUGUUGAUUUUGGGACAAUUGAAGGCGAAUCGACGCCAUCCGCAAUGGAUACCGAUGACUUAGGAGUAGGGCUCGACCUUCCUACAGACAUGUUGAACGAUGUAGAAUCCGUUCUUACUCCCAAUCUUUCGAAAAUGACGGAUCCUAAUUUCUUAACCUGGCUGUAACUAAACCUAAAGGCAUUUAUUUUUGUAUUAAUGUAAAUCGGCUAUUUUUAUAAGUGUAAGCAUAAUAUGGGGACUAACUGCUACUAAUCAAAUUAGGCUCGAAGGUACAGAUAGAACAUCGAGUUUUUUUAAUAAUUACAAAGCUAAAGUAGGUUCGUAGUUCCUAAUCAAGGAAAAUUUAUUACCACACAACUCUGUUUCGCAGCGAAACUCCAAGGUUGACUCGAGAAUUGUAGAGUCAUUAUAUCGAGAUUAUAUAGUCAUGAUUUAGAUGUAUUUAGCAAGCGAGAAAAAGUAGAAACAUAUAGGUUUAGUGAAUUUGUACAUUGUGGAAAUACUGUCUAUGAAUCAGAGUUUUGGCUUCAUAUCGGGUGGCAAGUGAAGUUGUUUUGAGCCAAGUGAACCUAAUCUGCGCCAAAGCUCCUCCUACUGGGACGCUAGAGGGCAUUUUACAGUGAUGGAAGUAUUUCCAAAUGUUUAUAUAUUGUUUAUUUGCCAUUAAUACUAAAUAACUCUCACUCGAAACCUAACUUUGAGGAUAUUUUCAUAACUUGGAAUUUUAUAGUUUCAAUCGGAGCUUUUUUGUAGUCUUUGUUGACGAACAGAUAUUGGCUCACGGCCGACCAGCCUUCGUUCAACUUGAACGCGUCGUAUUGUGCAGUUCUGAUAAUACAACACGAUUAUUUGAUUCAAAGAAAUACAAUUUCGCCGAAUAAUAGAUGUAUGCUAGCCAACUAAUCCUACUAACAAACCCGAGGGUUACAAAACAUCGUAAAUCUGUAAAUAUGACGCUUUUUCAGAAGGAAAAUUGCAGUGUAACAUAUGCAUCUAUAUUUUUUUAACAAAAAAAUAACAAAAAGUACUUUUAUAUUUUUAGGGUAAAUAUAGUGUUAAACCCACAGAAUUUUUUUCAUAAUGAAUCUGUGUGGUUGUAUUUUUAUACUUUUUGUCACAAUAAACUUAAUUUAGUGAAA